CCCACGACAUCGUUUAGUCGUUGACCAUUUUGGCUCUCUCUCUCUUCUUCACCAUGUUUGGGUCGAGAGCUCUCUUCUCCGGAAGAAUCUGGAAUCAUUCUCUGUUUCCAAAACGUUCUGGAAUCUUCCGAGCGAAUUUCUCGACAAAAGGGGUCGGGACGCACAAUGGAACUUUCCAUUGCGACGAAGCCUUAGCUUGCUUCAUGCUUCGUCUCUCCACCAGAUUCUCCGGUGCCCAGAUCGUCCGUACCAGAGAUCAUCAGGUUUUGGAGAAGCUUGAUGCGGCUCUUGAUGUUGGUGGUAUGUAUGAUCCUGAGAGUGAACGUUAUGACCAUCACCAGAAAGGCUUCACUGAAGUGUUUGGUCAUGGUUUUAAUACUAAACUCAGUAGUGCCGGGCUUAUCUAUAAGCACUAUGGCUUGGAGAUAAUCGCUAAGGAGCUUGGACUUGAUCAGAAACAUCCUGAUGUGCAGCGAUUGUUUCUAGCUGUGUACAAAAACUUCAUUGAGGCAGUAGAUGCUAUUGACAACGGCAUCCAUCAGCAUGAUACUGAACAGCCUCCAAGAUAUGUAAACAACACAAGCCUGGCUCAUAGGAUUGGAAGGUUGAACUUAGACUGGAUUGAGCCUGAUCAGUCUAGUAGCAAAGAAGAUGAAGCCUUUCAUCGGGCAAUGAAACUUGCUGGCUCUGAGUUCUUACAGUGUGUUCAUUUUCACGCGAAAUCAUGGUUACCAGCUCGGUCCAUUGUUAUGGAGUGUCUUGCAGAACGUCAUGAUAUAGACUCCAGUGGAGAAAUCAUGAAGCUCAAAAAACAAUGCCCAUGGAAACUCCAUAUAUUCGAGCUCGAGGAGGAAAUGAAGAUCGAUCCUCCUAUAAAAUAUGUUCUUUACGAGGAUGAUAGAAGUGAAAACUGGAGAAUCCAGGCGGUUUCGGUUUCACCAGACAGGUUUGAGAGCCGUAAAGCUUUACCAGUUUCAUGGAGAGGUCUAGAAAGAGACAAGCUCUCAGAGGAAAGUUCAAUUCAGGGAUGUGUAUUUGUGCACAUGAGUGGUUUCAUUGGUGCCAACCGGACCUAUGAAGGUGCAUUGGCAAUGGCAAGAGCCUCUUUGAUUGCUUAGUUCCAUGUAUAACCAAAAAUGAGUUAUUUGGUGUAAACCUAUUUACAAAUAUAUAAUUAGAAUUUGAGAGGCUGUAGCUGAAAAUCUAAGUACUACUAAAUACACUAUACAUUUUAACAUUUUUAUUAAUUAUAAUAACAGAUUGUGAAAA